AUGUUUGCUUUCGCUAAUCAGCAGGAAGACUUUGAGAGGGAGAUUUUGCUUCCGGAUUAUUUCACCAACAAAGAACUACACUUUACUGGUAGCCUUACUGCAGCUUGCAAUGCAGAGACAGUUGAAGAAUUUGCAUCCGAGAAGGUUGCCCGUGCACAUCAUGAACGUGCAUUGAGAAGUUCACAACAGCAACGACCAGGUCUAAAAUGUGAAAAGCCAAUUGAUAUGUUGCGGAGCGAAUGUGGAAAUGAUAAAUGUGCUGAUUGUGGUGCUGCUUAA